GAAUUGGUGCUUUUACCUUACUGGUCGCUUGAAAGCAAUUGACAAAUUUUGACACCGGCCAAACAUUGAGGAUGCUUCUGCAUGGGUACUUAUGUGAGGCUGCAUCAUGCACCAUGUGCGCACGGUGAAUCGCAAGCUGAAGUCCAAAAGUUGCAAAACAGUCCACCUUGACGUGAGUUUGCCAGGGCGCUUGAGGGGGCGCUUGCAGGUUCAGAAAGGAGCGCAUGAUGCAACAUGGCUGCGCCUGAUUGACAGGUCGGGAAGCAGCUCAGAAUUUGAGGGAAACCUAUCAUCUCCGAGGUGGGCACCAAAGGCUGUGGGACUGCAUGUUGCAUAUUUACUUGCACGACCACCUUCUCAUUCCCUGGUGCAAUAAAACUCGAUUAAGGUCAACGCACGGCGCUCAGGAAACCUUUCGGAAGGUUUUGAGCCAAGAAUGCAGGCCUUUGAGGACACUGAAAAGAGGCUCGGUGAAGUUCUCAGAUAAGCCAAUAAAUAGCCUGCCUCUGAUCAUCAAUCACAAUUUUGGAAGUGUUCAUCAUAAUCAUUAGGGUGGGGCGAAUGCUUCUGAACUGCUGCGGAAGAAGAGACAGAGCGCAAGGCAAUGAGUUGAUAAGCGUUCCAGUUCGUCAUAUCUACUCAUUUUAGCCAACCCCUGCUUCUUGUAGCCCCUGGGAGCUAGUCGGACAGCACGAUGUGCUGGCGGCGCGUCCUCACCUUCCUCGCGCGCUUCCCCUCCCGCACGAACCCGGACGAACCGGACACCUGGCCAAAGUUGUCAAAAUCCAACAUCAUCCGGCAGCUCAAGGAACUCUCCGAAGAGGCACUCCUGCCACCCCCCCUAUUUGUGGACCUGCGGCGCAAGCACCUGUCCAACCCCCAGGCGCUCAUCGCCAGCAAGGGCCUCGCCAUCUCGCGCUCCUCGCUCGCCGAGUCCCUCCGCUGGGCCGAGAAUGCACAGCGCGUCUACUCCAGCCAGGAUGACGUCAGCAUUCCCCUGGACGACGGGGGCCGCAGUGCGUCUCGCAAGCGCGCGGAGGCGGUGAACGGAGCGUUCGAGGUUUACGCGUGUGCGGUCCUCAAUGACGAGGACAUUGUGAACGUGUGCACGUGCUUCUCGAGGAGGUCGGUGCAUGAUGUGAACCGGUCGGCGCUGUUCCUGGACCCCCCUGGGACGAGUUUGUCGGGGCCGGCGCACGAGCGGGACAUCCGGAGCCGCAUUCUGCUGCUGCUGGUCGUGAUGGGGGUGCAAUUCAUGAGCUUUCAGGUGUGCCGCGGCGCGCUCCCCCUGUGGACUCGCUGCCACGAGCGGUGCCGCGACGCCGCCACCCUUCCGGAGCUCAUCAAGCGCCGCCGCUGGAAGUUCCUGCUCUUCCGGGCGGCGUGCUUCAUCGAGAUCGCGCGCAAGAAGCACUACACCGAAGACGACGAGAAGCGCAUCGUGGUUUUUCUGAUCGAGGAAGAACUAGGCGUGCGACCCCAGGAGCCGAUCUUCGACGACGUUGGUUACCGGGACCGGGCUUUGAAACUCGCUCUCAGGGACCUUUCGGAGGCAACUAGGGACGGAUUGACGGUGCCAAAACCUUCGGGGGGGGUGGGGUCACUGCAGAGCUUGUGUGUCGAUCAGUUGUGCACGCAAACGAAGGAUGUGUUAGGGUUGAUAAAGGAAGCGGACCCGAAAGUGGCGGGCCCUGUUUUGCUGCAUCGGCCCGAGCUUGAGCUGGAAACGUUGCAGGAGCGAAGGGCGGUCUACUUUUUCCGGGGCCUCACGUGGCGGGCUCUGGGACAGACCCGGGAGGCGAAGGCGGACUUGGAGCUAUUUGUGGAGUUGGAGCAGUCUGCGCAGCAAAAAGACGACGCCCCCUCCGGCCGCUUCCUGCUUACGGCGCUCUGCCACCUGGCCCGCCUCAACCUGCUGCAGACGCCCCCCGAUGUCGCUGCUGCUCGGAAAGCGAUGGAGACCUUUGUCGCCCGGAAGGACUUGACGCAGGCUUUUUGGAACAUGGAUGGCUCUGGGUGCGACACGUGGGAGCCGUCUGGUAACCUAGGCAAGGUUCUGCACGCUUGGUACAAACGCAUGAGAACGGUGGACCUAUCGAGCAACGCGCAAAGAGCGCAGAAUUCCCCCUUGGGCCGGGUUGCCAAGUGGAUGUCAUGCGGCCCAGUGGUGUAGGCGCAAAAGGUUCUAUGAUACCGUGUACAGUUGUACCAUAGCGGGAUCGCGAGAAAGUGCAUACCCUAACAAAACUGCAAAAUCGGUGAUCGGAAUGUGCAAUAUAGCACUGGCUCGCUCCUGAGUGGAGACAAUUGUUGGAUAUAGGGAAUAGGAACACGCAUCCAGGUCAUUCUUGUGUAACGUACGGCCAGUGCACAUAAACAAUCCUUUGCCCGAUUUUCAAUCUGCGCUUGGAAACCAAAGAGCUGCAGCCU